AUGGCUGGUUUCGACGUAACACGAGCAAUCUUCAAUCAAGCAGAUACCAACAGAGACGGAGCAAUCGAUCAAAGUGAAUUCCAACAAUGGAGUAGUGGAGCUGGUGCUAGCCUAGGAGGAGGCUAUGGUGCAGCUGGUUAUUCAGGCUAUGAAUCAUCUUAUUCAAGUGGAGCUGGAUAUGCUGGAGAUGCCGGUUAUGCAGGCGGUUAUGAUAGUUCAGCUGCAUAUGGAGUUAGUGGUGGUUAUGGUGGAAGUUAUGGAGCUGAGAGUGCUUCAGCAUACGGUAUAAGUGGAGGAUAUGAAGCCGGGAGCGCCGGAGUAGUGAGCGGUGGCUGGGCAACAGAUGCUCAAGGCUUGUAUCAAGAUUCAAAUCCACAAAUCAUUCGACGACCAGCACCAGGUGGAGGAGUGACAUACAAACAAAAUAUUCUCGUAAAAUUCUUACAACCACCACCAGUCCCACCUCCAGGCCCACUCAUCAUCAGAGAAGUUAGACCACCACAGCCACCACCGCCACCCCCGCUCCGCAUCAGACAACAAGCUCCACCUCGUCCAGCACCUCCCCCACUAGUUCUUCGUGAACGACCGCCAGUGCCACCUCAAGUAAUCCAAAGUCAAACAGUCAUUCGUCGUUUGGCUGGAAUACCAGUACCACCACGCUCAGUUAUCAUCGAACGUCUUCCACCUCUUCCACCAAGACCACGUGAUAUCGUCAUUGAAAGAUGGAUCCCAUACGGACGUCAAGCUAAACGUCGCGUCAUUGUUCAACGGGCUGCUGCCGCUAGACAAUACGCACGACCAAGAAAUAUCAUCAUCCAAUAUGAACCAAUUCAAGCUCGUGUUGUAAGACAAUUUCAACGACUUGGGGUUCAAGCAGAAAAUCCACACUCCUAUGUUGCACGAUAUGGUGUUACGCUUAGAGAUGCCCAGACUUUGUUACAAGAAGCGAGACAAGCAGGUGUGGUCGAAGAUAUCUCACCACCAAACCUCGGCGGUGCUGGAUUUGCAGGUGCUGGUGCUGCUUAUUAUGGUCAAGAGUCUGCUUCAUUUGGUGGUGCAGCUGGUGGUUAUGGCUUAGAUGCUUCAGCAUCUGGUUUUGAUUUAGGAGGCGCAGGAGGCUAUUCUGCAUCUGCAUACAGCUCACAAAGUGAAUUCGAAGGUGGCAGUGCUGGUGGUUUGGAAGCAGGUUAUGUCUCUGGAGGUCUAGGUGGUCAAUAUUCAAGUUCGUCAUUCGAAUCAUCAUCUUACGGUGGCGAUCUCGCUGGUGCAGGUGGUGCAGGUGGUGCAGGUGGAUUUGAUUUCGCAAGCGCAGCUUUCCGUGCAGCUGACAGUAACAAUGACGGCUCAAUAGAUCAAGAAGAAUUUCGUCGAUUUGCUCAAAGUGGUUUAUAA